AGAUGACGCGUCUAUUCUCGUUGAAGACCCCUCGAAAAAGGAUUACAUAUAUUUCUUUGGCGCUUUUUGACUUCCAUUUUAAAUAUCCAUGCAUUUCUUUAUAAAUUAUUACUUGCAUUUAAAUAUAAAAUCAGGAAUGUUUACAUCCUGUUAAAAUAUAAACGAUCUAAAUUAUGUGUAUACAGUACAAACAAUUAUACAUCAUAAAUUCAACCUUUUUAAUGUUAUAUAUGAAUUUGUAUUUUUUUCCACUACUCUAAAGUCAGAUAUUAAGAUUAAAUAUUUUUUUCUAACUUAAUUUCUUUCUUUGUAUUGUGUUAUCGAAUUUCUAAUAAUUGCUUAUCUUGUCUAUGUGAUUCAUGUAAAUAUAUAAAAUGUAAAAAGACAUAAAAUUUGUUUGUGGGAGCUUAGUUAAUCAAGCGGCACGAUAGUGUACGCGCGCGAGACACUGCCAUGCCUCUAUUUACGCGAAACGCCGUUUGAGAAAAAUUUUUAUUAACAUUUUUCAUCUUAUUUUUUUAUAAAUUGAGGCAUACAUGAGACGAAGGACAAACUACAAAAUGAUUACAAAUUGACUUUUCAAAUAUGGAACAACACACGUUAUCCCAUAUUUUACUUUUCAUUCUGUUGGUAUCAAUUUAAUAUGGUAUUAUAUUUAAUUAUAUUUAUUGCUAUUUUACAGUGAAAAUGUAGUUAAUAUAUAAUUGUUCAUUUAUAAUUAUAUUUAUUGUUCUUUUACAGUUAUUGAUAAUCAACCUGUUUGUCAAUGUUUUAAUAUUUAAUUAAUGGUGUUGACUUUUAUUGAAAUUGUGAAUGUGGUCUAGAGAGAACGUACGCACGCAUAAGAGAUUGAGAUAUUAAAAAUCGCUUCCUUUUAAGGUUAUAUUACGAUGUAAUAUACUAAAUACACACACACACACACACACACACACACACACACACACACACACACACACACACACACAACAUGUUCAGAUGGACGCACAAAAAAAAAAGAAAGAGAGCUAGUACAUUAUUCGGUUUCGUGGUUGAAUAUACUUUAAGUGUGAAAAAAUAUAUGCUACUUGCAUUUAAACAUAACUAUAGCUCAUUAAAUAUUUUCUUAAAAAAAAGUUUUAAUGUUUUUUCUCUUUUCUACCAUUUAGCGGGUUACGAAUCAUCCAAAAAUGACAGCAAAAAAUAAAUCGAUUAUCAAAAUUAAAUUUGCUACGAUUUAAACUUCACGUGUGUCUGAUUAUGACACGUCUUUUUAAAUACUCAUUUUAAUUUUGACGAUAUACAUUUUUUUAUAUAAAAAAAGACAUUUUUUUCUAUGUAAUUCACUUAAAUGAAGAAUGUGAGAAAUGUGGCGUGUUUUGCACAAAUCGCAACAGCAACGCAAUCGCGAUCUAGAUGCUCUUCGUCGGGAUAUCGACACCGACGUGCACAUUAAAUCGCCGGAGGAUUUACUGCUAAGCCUACAGGUGGAUUUUGAACGGGGUUUAUCGACAACCGUUGUGAGAAAUCGUCUACGAGAUCAGGGACCAAAUGCACUGACUCCGCCAAAGAAAACCUUGAAAAUUGUGAAGAUUUUGCGUCGAUUCUGCGGAGGACUUUCUUUGUUAAUAUGGGUAGGCGCCAUUUUAUGUUUUGGCAAUUACUUCUUGGAGCUGGAAACUUACGGUGAAGCUUCCGAAGAUCACCUAUGGCUCGGUGUAGUCCUGAUUGCACUUAUCGUGAUCAUCGGCGGGUUCAAUUACUAUCAAGACUCUAAGAGCUCGCGCAUCAUGGAAUCAUUCCAGCAGAUGAUACCGCAACGUGCCAAGGUCCUACGGGAUGGCGAGAGAAAGGAGGUGCUGGCGACCGAGCUGGUGGUCGGGGACAUCGUCCUGCUGGAGACCGGCGACCGGGUGCCUGCUGACAUUAGGGUCCUGGAAUGUCAAGCUUUAAAGGUCGAUAAUGCAUCAAUUACGGGUGAAUCGAUACCAUUGAUACGGACGGCUAAUAUGCCGCAAACCGGAAGUGUCAUUCAAGCAAAAAACAUGGUAUUCUUUUCUACAGACAUUGUCGAAGGCAGUGGAAAAGGCGUCGUAGUGGCCUGUGGCGAUCACACGGUAAUGGGCAGAGUGGCCAAGCUAACUUCGAGAUUGCCGACCCGACCAACGCCUCUCUCUAGAGAAAUACAUCGCUUCAUGAAACUGGUGUCAUGCUGGGCCAUCUUUCUAGGUGUUUCCUUCUUCUCCAUGUCUAUGGCGAUGGGCCACGACUGGAUCGACUCGAUAGUAUUUCUGAUCGGCAUCAUCGUGGCGAAUGUGCCGGAGGGCAUUAUUGCCUCGAUGACGGUCAGCCUGACCUUGACCGCUAAAAGGAUGGCCAGCAAGAAUUGCCUGGUGAAGAAUCUCGAGGCCGUCGAGACUCUGGGAUGCACUGCCGUUAUCUGCAGUGACAAGACCGGCACCCUCACGCAGAAUAAAAUGACCGUGCGACACGUGUGGUAUGAUGGCCAGCUGCACGAGGUGAUGGCGUCGGAUACAUGGCGGAAAUAUGCUAACAAUUUAGGUUUUAAAAAUCUAGCUAGAAUAGCGAGUCUCUGUAAUCGCGCCGACUGGGCACCGAUGAACAAACCGCUGCCACCGUUAAACAAAAGAAAAAUCUUAGGAGACGCCUCGGAUGCAGCUUUAUUAAGAUGCAUGGAGAUUCUCGUAAAGGGAGGAGCUAAUUCUUUUAGAAAGGACUACAUCAAAGUAUUGGAAAUUCCUUUCAAUUCGACUGACAAAUUCCAAGCAAACGUGCACUUAUUUCGCGGCAAAUAUCUCGUAUGUUUCAAAGGCGCUCCCGAACGUGUCCUCGAACGUUGUUCGACGGUGGCGUUCGAUAACAAAACUAAAGCUUUAAACGAGGAGACAAGAACAGCGUAUACGGAAUCUUGCUAUAUCCUGGCGAAUAACGGAGAACGCGUCCUUGGCUUUGCCGAUCUCGAACUCUCGACCGAGGACUUUCCCAUGGAUUAUCAUUUUGAGGCUGAUCCUCCAAAUUUCCCUCUUGAAAACUUGAGAUUGAUCGGCUUAGUAGCCAUGAUGGACCCACCACGACCAACUGUUCCCGAUGCCGUGUACAAGUGUCGUUGCGCCGGCAUCAAAAUCAUCAUGGUGACCGGUGAUCAUCCCGUCACCGCCAAAGCGAUCGCCAAAUACGUCGGCAUUAUUACCAGCCACGAUAACCAUGACAAUAACAAUAGCAAUGCCAGAAUACGAAACAUCGUGGUGACGGGUGCACAACUACAGGAUUUACCACCGGAACAACUAGACCAGCUGAUCAGGCAACAUCAGGAAAUCGUGUUCGCCAGAACGUCGCCGGUGCAAAAGCUGCAGAUCGUUGAGAGUUGUCAACGAUUGCAUCUAAUCACUGCGGUUACUGGCGACGGUGUCAAUGACUCCCCGGCUCUGAAGAAAGCUGACGUCGGCAUCGCCAUGGGUAUCACAGGAUCGGAUGUGAGCAAGGAAGUGGCGGACUUGAUAUUGCUGGACGACAAUUUCGCGUCGAUAGUAACGGGGAUCGAGGAGGGCCGGCGGAUAUUCGACAAUCUGAAAUCAAGCAUUGCGUAUACUCUGGCGAGUAAUGUUCCGGAAAUAAUGCCUUUCCUGGCAUUCAUCAUGCUUGGGAUUCCUUUGCCGGUCGGUAUAAUUUGCAUCUUGUGCAUUGAUCUAGGGACGGACAUGUGGCCGGCAGUCUCUUUGGCUUACGAAAAAUCCGAGUCGGAUAUAAUGUUGAGAAAACCCAGAAUACCCCAGAGCGAUCAUCUGGUCAGCCGGCGGCUGAUCUUCAUGGCGUAUGGUCAGAUUGGCAUAAUUGAGGCGUGUGCGGGCUUUUUUACGUAUUUCGUGGUAAUGGCCGAACACGGUUUCUUGCCUAAACGAUUGUUAGGUCUAAGACAACAAUGGGACAGCAGGAUGGUGAACGAUCUGGAGGACAGUUUCGGACAAGAAUGGACUUACGAACAGCGCAAGAUCCUCGAAUACACCUGCCACACCGCCUUCUUUGUCAGCAUUGUAAUCGCUCAAUUAGCGGAUGCAAUGGUCUGCAAAACUCGCCGCAAUUCAUUACUACGCCAGGGGAUGGGCAACUGGGCCCUAAAUCUCGGCCUGCUUCUUGAAAUCGUCCUGGCCUGUGUAAUUUGCUACGUACCCUACAUGGACCGCAUUUUGAAGACGUAUCCCCUGAAGCCAGAGUGGUGGCUACUCGGGCUACCAUAUGCCAUCAUAAUAUUGAUUUACGAGGAGUUGAGAAAAUGGUGGAUUAGAAGGCAUCCAGGCGGCUGGUGGGACAGAGAGACAUCGUACUAGGUGAGAUGAAAAAAUUCUCAGAAUAAAGAUUGAAGAAUGAAGAACCAUAAUUAAUUUCAUCUUCUUAAAAAUGUUAGAAAGUUGAGCUUAAAGCCGAGCUCUAAAGAGAUUAAAUAAAAUUGAAUAAAAGCAAACUAAAAUUAUUCCUUAAGUUUAUAAAAAUUUUAGUUACUUGCUUAAACAUAAUAAUUUAAAGAACUAUUUAUAUUAUUGAAGACUAAGAAAUAUAUUUACAUUGUGCAUUGUUAGAUGAUGUACCAACCGCAAAAAAAAAUAGUUACAUAAAUAACGACCUUUAACGGCUAUUCAGUCGUGAUUCCUUGAAAUUAUGCUGCAAGCAACCCUUCACCUUUUCUAAAUAAAUUACCGCGAAUAUACCACAGAUUGUGUGCAAAACAAGCAAAUGGAUUGCAUUGUUAAAAGAAUAUUAUAUUAGAUGCUAGAACAACAUUUAGAAAAGGUUAAAAAAUACUGUCAAAAUUUAAUGAAUACAACACACACAUUUUAUUUAAAUACGAAUUGUUAUUUAGAAAUGAUUAUAUAUUCUUCUGAAAUACUUUUAUCCAAGUGUCUUACUUAAUGUAAAAUGGAUAGUAUUAUCAUUGACUAAGUGCCAUUAUCAUUUCCCGAAAUUUUUACACGGCUAAUAACGAUAAAGAUAAAAACCGGAAACAUAAAGGGAAGAAACUGGAAUUUUAGUUGUUUUCUUAAUGUGUGGAAGAUU